AUGGCGACUCCACGCCUGCCAUUUCUAUACCCGAAUUUCCUGCGCGCUGUGCGUGCGUGCGAGCCUACCACGUACCAUUCAAUUCGUGCCCGCCCGUCAGCUGCGGCCAAACCACGCCGCAAGGCUAAACUCCAUACCUCUGCGCCGCGCCCGCAGGACGCUUUUCCGCAGAGAUACGGACCAGCUGCUUCCCAGAACCUGCCGCCUCCUUCAAGACCCUCGGAACCAGCGAAUCCUCAGCAAGAAGCCAGAGACAAGGAAAAGGCAAAGGACGAGUCGAAAGAGAGCAAAGAACAAUCUCAACCGGGUGCCACGAAAGAUGCGCCCACAGCAGAAGAAGUCGGGCAGGAUGAGCCUCAAGCUUCAAACGCAGACUAUAUUGACGAGGCAUCCAUGACCAAGAAAAGCCAGAAAAUCAAUGUGGAAGAUGACAAACCUUUGGACAACAAAGAGCUCGACCUGAUUCUCGCGGUGCCCUCUCCGUCAGAAGUCAAAGGCAAGGACGCACCCAAGCACCCACACCUCGAACCAUCUCCGUACGAGCAUCACUUCGACACCUACUCGCUCGUCCAACAAUUGGCGGCUAAGGACGCGUAUACCCUUGACCAGGCGAUAACGCUGAUGAAAGCCAUCCGGCUCAUGCUCUCGCUAAAUCUCGAUGUCGCCAAGGAAGGCCUUGUCUCCAAGUCUGACAUUGAGAACGAGUCCUACCUGUUCCGCGCCGCAUGCUCCGAGCUGAAAACCACCCUGCAAAGCACACGACAUUCCGAGACGCUGAAGCAGCGCAGCCAACGAGCACAGCUGCAGCACGAGUAUGACAUUUUGAAUCAAAAGGUGACGCAAGACCUGAUGACGCUCAAGGAGGAACUCAAGGGAUUGUUCAACGACCGCAAACUGGGCCUGCAGGAAGACAAGCGCAAGAUUGAUAGCAAAAUUUCGGAACUCAACUAUGAAAUCACAGUGCUGCUGAAUAGUGAAGCCAGGAGCGAGGUGGAGGGAUUGCGGUGGGUGUUGACCCGUCGCGCGGCGUUGGCGAUAGGGUUCUGUGCUUUCAUGAUCAUUUCAGCCCUGAACUACUCGUCCAUCAAGACGCGCGAGAGGGAGGAAGCGGAGAAGAAACGGAAGGCUGCGAAGAAGGCCGAAGAACAGCGCGAGCUGCAAUUUCAACGCGAGCAGGCCCAAUAUCCCACUCUGAGUCGGACGCAAGGGACGCAGACCGGGGAAAUGGCCGUCGCCACUGAGAGCCUCGGUUGA